GUGACCUCACUACCAGUCAACUUGACUUCACCACCAGUCAACGUGACCUCAACGCCAGCCAACGUGACUUCACCGCCAGUCAAUGUAACAUCACCACCAGUCAACGCAACAUCAUCACCAGUCAUGACUUCACCACCAGUCAACGUGACCUCACCACCAGUCAACGUGACCUCAUCACCAGUCAAUGUGACUUCACCACCAGUCAGCGUGACAUCAUCAGCAGUCAACGUGACCUCACCGCCGGUCAACGUGACCUCACUACCAGUCAACUUGACUUCAACACCAGUCAAUGUGACUUCACCACCGGUUCCCAGUGUUACAGCAGCUUCAACUGCAGCUUCUAAUGGUACAGCUGCCCCAACAGUGACUCCAACAGUGGCUCCCACUGUUACAGCAGCUUCAACUGCAGCUUCUACUGGUACAGCUGCCCCAACAGCGACUCCAACAGUGGCUCCCACUGUUACAGCAGCUUCAACUGCAGCUUCUACUGGUACAGUUGCCCCAACAGCUGCCCCUACAGCUGCCCCAACAGUUACUCCAACAGUGGCUCCCACUGCUACUGCAGCUUCAACUACAGCUUCUACUGGUACAGCUGCCCCAACAGCUGCCCCAACAGCAACUCCAACAGUGGCUCCCACUGCUACAGCAGCUUCAACUGCAGCUUCUACUGGUACAGCUGCCCCAACAGCUGCCCCAACAGCGACUCCAACAGUGGCUCCCACUGUUACAGCAGCUUCAACUGCAGCUUCUACUGCUACAGUUUCCCCAACAGCUGCCCCAACAGCAGCUCCAACUGCAGCUCCUGCUUCCACCACUACUACAACUACAGAAACCACCACCACUGCAUCAACAAAUCCUCCUACAUCCAGUGAGGGAACCCUUGGGCUUAAGUUUAGUCUCAACCAAACAUUUACAUCAGAUCUCUCAGACUCAUCCUCCACGGCAUAUCAGACUUUGGCUGCAAAAGUGGUCAACGAGGUAAACAAUGUGGCUAAAGCUCUCUAUGGAUCAUCUUACAGACGCUCCUUCAUUAAUUCAUUCACGAGUGGAUCAGUGAAAGUGAGCAUGACCCUUGUGUACACAGAUAAAGCCUCAGUUCCUUCAGCAAGCAAUGCAGCUUCACAACUCAGCAAUCAGCUUUCGAGCAGCUCUACUUCUCUGAACAUUAUACCAGGCAGCGUUUCUACAGAGUCAACAACAUCCAGCAGUCCUCCUCGGCCCACAAUGGGCUCUUUGGCAGUCUUUUCACUAACACUGCUGGCUGUGGCACAGAUGCUAAUAGACUUAUAACUGACUAGGCCAAUAGCUUUUAGUAUGCUAUCAAGUGUGGAAAAAAGCAAAAAUAAAAGACAUAAGUGUGCAUAAUGAAAUUUACCAAGAUAAUGUUGUGGUAAAAAGAUGUGCACUGUGUCAAAGAUUGAGAAUUUUUUUAAUAUUUUCCACAUGUGAUGUUACAAUCUCUUGUGUUUUAAUUCCAUGUUAUUUGAAUAACUAAUCAUUGAGAUUGUAAGUUAAAAAUACCAUAUAUUUUUUGGGCAUUUUUGUGCAGAUGCCAUUACAUUUUGUAAAUGCUUCUUUAUAUACUGUUUUAUGACAUUUUUAACAUUUAAAAAAUGAAAAUACAUGAAGGAUAGAUAUUUAUUUCCAAUUAAAAGCCGUAUUGUACAAUUCAGCAGGUCAAAAUUUACAUCCAGCGCCAUUUGAUAAGUGUGAAUGAAGGAGUGUGGAGGUAGCAUGAUCUUGAUGCUGAAGACCAAUGAUUCAUAUUACACCUGAGACUAACCAUUAAAAGGCAUAUGGACAUAUUUAUUCAUGAAGACAAUCUUUCCCUAACCAUUAAAUAUGUUACCUUAACAACACUCCAAUUGCUACGAAAAUAUUAUAGGAAUAAUGUCAUGUUUCACAGAACCAUUCAAUAUAUCAAGUGAAAAUUUUGCCAAGUGAAUUGCUGAAUGAAUGUUUAAAAAUGUCCAGAUACUAUAAUCAAAUUAAAAAAGAUUGAUUGUUAAA